UAUUGGCCGUUCAAACGACAAAACAACACGGCCAUCAUCUUCAACAAACCGGAAUAUCGCUUGUUCCCCCGAAUUGGGAUGUUAUGAUAAAACAAAAAACCUCGACGAGUAGCCCGAAGGAUAUUGACCAGUGUCGCGAUCGAUCUCGCAGCAAGGCCAAACCGCGAAGAGAGAAAGUUCUCUCGAGCAUAUAAGUUUUAUUGUGUCUUUGAAUCGGUCCCAGUUAGGUGCAGCCAGCAUGUCAACAUUCUACAAGUUAACUUUCAUCUUCUUUGCGUUCGCUGUAGUGAGUGGGGUGAGCGGGGCGGGUUCCAGAAAAAACCAAAGACCAGAACCCGAAUCUGACGCAGAAGUUUCCGACCAGUGUCCAGAACCCGAUGGAUACUUCGCAGAUGCCGAGCAAUGCGACAAGUACUAUCACUGCGAUAACGGCAAGAUAACCGAAAAAUUGUGCCCAGAUGGACAGGUUUUCAACGACUACAGUUCGGACUACGAGAAGUGCGACUUACCCAUCAACAUCGACUGUUCGGCCAGACCGAAGCUGCAGGAGCCCCAGCCCAGCGAAAACUGCCCUAGAAAACAUGGGUACUUUGCGCACCCUCAGAAGAGUAUCUGUGAUAAAUUUUACUACUGUGUGGACGGCACGUACAAUAUGAUAACUUGCCCCAACGGGCUGGUGUACAACGAGAAAGCUGGUAUUUGUUCCUGGCCGGAUGAGGCUAAGAGAAAGGGUUGCACUUCUGACGAGGUUUUCGAAUUCGCCUGUCCCAAGGUGGAAGAAUCCGUAGGCCUGACUCAUCCCCGUUAUCCUGAUCCCGAAGACUGUCAAUAUUUCUACGUGUGCAUCAACGGGAAUUCUCCAAGAAGGAACGGUUGCAAGCUUGGACAGGUGUUUGACGACGUCAGCAAGAGGUGCGACUGGGCGAGGCACGUGCCAGAGUGUGCUGGCUGGUACAAGGGUAAGCUCACCGACGAACAGCUUUACGAGUUGGAGAAUCCCCCAACUCCAAGGCCUAACGCCACGAAGGUCAGCAAGAGGAAGCACAGGCCACGAAAACAGCCCGUGGAAGAUGAAGAAUGAAAGACCGAAACUUUCGAUGUGUUUUGAAUUUUAAAUUAUUUUUUGUGUAAGUAUCGAAACGAUCAGUUCACUUUGAGCUGAAAACGACUCUCAACAGUGAUAUUUGAAACCAUCUUUUUUGUUUUUAGGACGAAAUUGUUGAAAUAAAUUGGUUGAAAUAUG